UCGCUUCCGGAUCUUUCCUUUCCUCCGUGUGUGAUCCAGCCCGGUCGCACAUGUCUAUCUGCGCCGUAACAGCUGAGAUGCCGUCGAAGAUUCUGCCUGAAGCCGAGCCCAGCGCGCUGCUGGAGGAGCUGGAGGAGCUGGAGAGCCCGCCGCUGCUGCUCAAGAAAAAGAAGAAGAAAUCAAAAGAAAAGGUGGCAGCAGAGCCAGAUGAGUGUGAAUCUCCAGCUCCUAAAAAGAGGAAGUCUGAGAAGAUUCUCUCAGAGUCUCCAGAUGUCAACGGGAACACGGACACAAACCACAUCAAGAAGAAAAAGAAAAAGGUGAAGGCAGAAGCAGAGGUCAUGACGGUCAGCGCAGAGACGACUGAAACCUUCACAUCCGCUCCAGCAGACACGCCGGGACCGUCCAGCGAGGACUCGGACAGCGACCGGGAGAAAGAGACUCCGGAGCAGGUAGAAGGAGCCUUUUCCAACUUCAGGAUCUCACCGGACACCAUCAAACUGCUGCAGGCACGUGGAGUUUCAUACCUCUUUGACAUCCAGGUGAAGACCUUUAACCCGGUGUAUGAAGGGAAAGAUCUGAUUGGUCAGGCGAGAACCGGCACGGGAAAGACGUUCUCGUUCGCCGUUCCUCUGGUGGAGAAACUGCAGUCCGGACCGGAGGACAGGAGGAGAGGCCGACCGCCGAAGGUGCUGGUUCUCACACCGACUCGUGAGCUCGCUAUUCAAGUGACCAAAGACUUCAAGGACAUCACCAGGAAACUGUUUGUUACGUGUUUCUACGGAGGAAGCUCAUACAACCCACAAAUGGAUGCGAUCCGCAGCGGCAUCGACGUACUGGUGGGAACGCCGGGCCGGAUCAAAGACCAUCUGCAGAACAACAAGCUGGAUCUGUCUCAGCUCAAACACGUGGUUCUGGACGAGGUGGACCAGAUGCUGGACAUGGGCUUCGCUGAACAGGUGGAGGAGAUCCUGUCUGCCUCCUAUAACAAAGAUGCAGAGGAGAAACCGCAGACCUUUUCCUCUGGGUUUAGAUGCAGAAAUACAGGCUCUCAGUUCAUCCAUGUGGAUCUCAUCGGGAAAAGGACCCAGAAAGCCGCCACCACAGUCGAGCACCUGGCGAUCGCGUGUCACUGGUCUCAGAGGGCGUCGGUCAUCGGUGAUGUCAUCCAGGUGUACAGCGGCAGCCACGGCCGAACCAUCGUCUUCUGCGAGACCAAGAGAGAGGCCACCGAGCUCUCCAUGAACACGUCCAUCAAACAGAGCGCGCAGACGCUGCACGGAGACAUCGCCCAGAAACAGAGGGAGAUCACGCUCAAGGGCUUCAGGAACGGCACGUUUGAGGUGCUGGUGGCCACCAAUGUGGCGGCGCGCGGCCUGGACAUUCCCGAGGUGGAUCUGGUCAUUCAGUGCUCUCCCCCAAACGAUGUGGAGUCGUAUAUCCACCGGUCCGGACGGACUGGCAGAGCCGGAAGAACAGGAGUUUGUAUCUGUUUCUACCAGCGUAAAGAGGAAAACCAGCUCAAGUUUGUGGAGCAGAAAGCGGGAAUCACCUUCAAACGGGUCGGGGUCCCGACAGCCAACGACAUCAUCCAGUCGUCCAGUAAAGACGCCGUCAAGUUCCUGGACUCGGUUCCGGCGGCGGCGGUGGAGUAUUUCCGCGAGGCUGCGAAUGAGCUGAUCGAGCAGCGCGGGGCGGUGGAGGCGCUGGCGGCCGCUCUCGCUCACAUCUCAGGAGCCACCUGCCUCGAGCAGAGGUCGCUCAUCAGCUCCGACGCUGGAUUCACCACCAUGAUACUGAGCUGCUCUCAAGAAAUGCACAACAUCGGUUUCGCCUGGCGCGGGCUGAAGGAGCAGCUCGGAGAGGAGAUCGACGAACACAUCAAACGAAUGACCUUCCUCAAGGGCAAGAAGGGUGUGUGUUUCGACGUCCCGGCUGAUAAAGUGAAAGAGAUCCAGGAGCAAUGGCAGGACGGCCGGCGCUGGCAGCUCACCGUCGCUACAGAGCUCCCAGAGAUGGAGCAGAGCGCGUAUCAGGGCGAACGGGCGUCUGGCGGAUUCGGCGGCCGCGGCGGACGGUCGUCUGGUGGAUUCGGCGGUCGUGGCGGACGGGGCGGACGGUCGUCUGGCGGAUUCGGCGGCCGUGGUGGACGAGGACGCUCAUUCGGCUUCAAAGGCAACAACGGUUUCGGCGGUAAUCGAGGAAGAGGAGGCGCUCAGAAACGAAACUUCCAUCAGGCGUUCGAUUACUGAUCGUGGACUGUGAUGGUCUGUCAGACUGUCGUGUUUUUACUACCAUUUGAUAAGUUCAUAUUCGCUCUUUACUGGAGCGUUAAAAACCAUGAAAUACACUGAUUGCUUUUACUUGCAGUUGUGCUAUUUAUAUGAUGAUUCCCAUGAUUCCCGCUGGUAUUAAAGUGGUCUACACCGUGA